AUGGUCGACUCGGACACCGCUUGGCAGGAGCUGGAAGGCCCAAGCUCCUCGGACACCCAGGACGGCACCUGGUUUGGAGCGACCAGACUGGUAGACGAUUACGUCAUCCCCCCAUCCUUUGUGCCCUCUCCCCUCCAGCUGGAGGCAGACCCAGAGGACCUCUGGCUGCACUGCACCCUCAACAUCGACAUAACGCUGACAGCGUCCACCGGCGACGUCGUCGUGACCCGCCUGCGCGACCUGUGCAUCAUGGUGGAGGGCGAGUCGAGCGCAACGAGGGACGGGCCCGACGCCGCCGCCUCCUCCCCGGCCACGACAUGCACGCUGCGCUCGCUGACCGUGGAGGACAGCAGGGGCCGCCCCGUGCUGUCGCGCCACGGCCCCCCCACGCCCUCUCGCGCCGAGCCCCCACCCCAGCUGUCGGUCGUCGUGCACAGCGUGCGCGUCGGGGGCGAGGUGGAGUACCGCGUGGCCGCGGCCGUCGCGCCGCUGCGCCUGCAGCUCCGCAAGCGCUCCAUCGACGUGCUGCGGGAUGUGCUGGCACAGGGCGCCGAGGGCGCCGACUUUGACGAGGAUUUUGGGGCGCGGCUGGUGGACUGGAGUGGGUGGGAGGACGGCGAGGCGGAGGCGGGAGAGUCCAAGGCGGGGGGGGCGGCAGACUCCACUGCAUCGUGGCCCUUCAUCCAGCACUUCACCCUCAAGCCCAUGCUGAUCGUGCUGGACCACGCUGCCAGCGCGGUCAACCUGCAGGCGCUGAGGGAGGGCAGCCUGAAUGAGCUCCUGCACCUGGUGCCGCUGGGGGGCGUGCGCCUUACCUACCGUGAGCUCCGCCUCGUUGGGGUGGAUGGCCUGGCCGCCCUCGGCUCCGCCAUCCUGAACGCCUACAUCCGCGAAACGGCCUAUCAGGCACACAAGUUCGUGGGCGGCACCCGCCCCAUCCGCCCGCUUGUGCGUGUGGCCGGCGCGGCUGGCGCCGCGGUGACCGGGCCCUUCUGCGGCCUCUCCAGGCCCAAGCGCCGGGGGUUUGCACGGGACCUCUCCCGCGGGAUCAGGGGCCUAGCCACCGCGAUCCUGGACGAGGCGCUGGGGGCAGCAGGGGCUGCGGCCGGCACCGCUGCCGGCCGCCUGGACGGCCAGGCCGGGGUGGCAGCGGGGGCGCUGCAGCGCACGCUCAAAGGAGCCAGGAGGAAGCUGGAUGCCCAGCCCCGGAACUGA